AUGCGUCGUAGAGCCUCGUCUGCCUCGUGUUCAGCAGCAAAACAUUCUAAGAUGAUGGAGUUAAAAGAAAGUAUUCAGGAGACGUUUACUCCUGAUCCCAAUCAAAUAGAAGAAUUCAGUGCUCGAUCUUAUCAAACAGAACUGAUGGAACAGGCCAAACGAGAAAAUCUAAUUGUUUGCCUACCUACCGGUAGUGGGAAAACAUAUAUUGCUGUGAUGCUAAUUAAAGAAAUGGCCAACGCAAUACGUGGUAGCUGGAAAAAAGGUGCAAAACGCUCAGUGUUUCUUGUAAAAACUGUUCAACUUGCUUCCCAGCAAAGCAGUUACCUUAGUACUCAUCUAGAUCUAAAAAUUGGAACAUAUUACGGAGACUUAGGUGUAGAUUAUUGGAAGUUAGAUAAAUGGGAAGAGGAAUUGGAAAAGCACAAUGUUUUAGUUUUUACCGCUCAAGUAUUUCUCAAUCUAGUCGAUCACAAUUAUUUCGCACUGAAAUAUGUGAAUUUACUCAUAUUUGAUGAAUGUCAACACGCAACCGGUGAGAAUCCAUAUGCAUCUUUGAUGAAUAAACAUUAUGAUCAAUGUCCGGAUCCUCCGCGUAUACUUGGCUUAACAGCAUCGAUCAUAGCUAGAAAAAUCAAACCCAAAGAUCUACUCGAGGGUGCGAGAGAGUUAGAGAAAAUCUAUCGAGCACAAAUUGCACAUCGAAAUGAAAGUACAAAACAUGGCACAUCAGUGAAUGUUGAAAAUAUUCCAUGUGAAAGUUAUCAAAAUGAUGUGAUGAAACGCUAUGAUAGUUUAACAAUUCCAUUCGAAUUUCUUCGUAUCAUGGCACGUUUGAUUCAAAAUAAUCUCAAUCGAAAAGAAUAUCGAAUGAGUGAACUGGUCAGUGGUCUUAGUCAAACAAUGUUGACAACAAAUUAUCGUGACGAGAAUGUUGAGCGUUAUCAUAAGCAAUCAAGCGAUCUUACUUCGUUUGUUCAAUUACAAUCGCCGGUUCUACCUAGACUGAAACGUGAUCUUAAUAAUGCAAUCGAGAUUGGCCAAGAGCUAGGCAUCCUAGGUAUGACUAUCUUCCUGCAAGAUUUACGAAAAAAACUCACAACCGACGAGUACCGACUGUGUAAUAUGGAACAAGAUGCACGCGAAGUUUUCAAUGAUAUUUUCCAGCGGGUCGAAUGUCUUGUUGAUGAUAUUUUGAAGAACUUAUGCCGAUUAUAUUCCCACCAUCGACAUAUUCUAUUCAGUCCAAAGGUUUUCAAAUUGCUCGAACGAAUCAUGCAACAGCAGAUAACGAAGCAUACAUCGGGUCGAUGCAUCGUCUUUGUUGAAAGAGUAUACACAGCAGCCGUUUUGAGCGAAGUUGUAUCUGAUCUUAUUUCAACUUUUGAACCACCAUGGAAUACAAAAUUGAGAGUCAAACAUGUCACCGGAUUUAAAACAACUUUUAGUGAGAAGUCAAUGACAGCACAUUCUCAACUUGCAACCAUCAAUGAGUUUCGAAAAGGAGACAUUAAUAUACUAAUUGCCACAGCAGUUGUUGAAGAAGGUAUGAAAUGCUGGUAUUAUCGUUGUACUCAAUGGUUUCCUAUAGGUCUGGACAUCCCAACUUGUGAUUUAGUGAUACGAUUUAAUAAACCAAAUAAUUUUUCAUCGUAUAUGCAGUCGAAAGGCCGUGCACGAGCGAAACAACACGCAUCGUAUGUUUUGUUUAUGGAUAAGUCCGAUGCAGAGGGGCAGCAACGCGAUCGAAACGAAUAUGAUAACUAUGAAGAAAUCGAAAAAAGUAUUCAAAAAGGAUUUUUAUUGGACAGUAACGAUGACUCCAAAUACGAUCUAUCAGAAAUUCCACCAUAUCGUCCGAGUGAUGGCAUCGUCAUUGAUGCGGUACGUGCUGCUCAAUUGAUCAUGGAAUAUUGCCUAUUACUCGGUGGCGGACAAAUCUUUCCACCUCGAUUUCUCUUGAGUGGCUCAGCUGGUGCAUAUACUUGUAUUUUGUCAAUGCCCGCCAACUGUCCUAUUCGUGAUGACAUCGUCCGUAUAAAUAAAACUAAGCGAUUAGCGAAGUACGACUGUUGUUUAGAAAUGGUGAAAAAACUUCAUCAAAAACAUGAGUUUAAUGAACAUUGUCUACCGAGGAAAAACCAUGGCGCAUCAGAAAUUGUUCCCUCCUAUGAGCAGCAAAUAUUUCACUUAGUAGAUGAAUUAUUCGAAGACAAAGUCGACAGUUCAUUUGAAACUUUUCCGAGAAAACCGAUUAAAUUUCCCGUAAAAUCUGAUCUAGUGUCGAAUGACGAAUGGCAUCUAUACAAAACCAAUUCAGAUCUGGCUUUUGUCGUGCCUACUCCAUCGUUAAAACUACCCAAAUUUCAACUAUAUGGAUACAAUGGCGCAAUUCCAAUCGAAAUUCGUCAUGUAAAACCGAUCAAUUAUACGCAAUAUCGAACUACGCUUGAAACCUUCUGCCGAUAUGUGUUUGAAAAUGUCUUCAAAGACAUGAAUAUCAACUCAAUUCUGAAAUUCGAUCUGGCUGACACUCCGUGUAAACUACUUCCAUGUUUAUUAACCAGCAAUGAUGACAUUGAUUGGCAGCGCAUGGAGGCUAUCUGUCGUCGAAAAAAUCAUCCCGUAAAACGUUUUGAUGAAUUGAACGAGAGCGAACUUUACACAACAUGUCAUCUGGAGGAGAACACGUACUACAUCUACAUUUCGGACCGAUCUUUGCUGAAAAAAAUAUCAGAUCCCUACGAUAAGAAGAAUUUGGAAUAUGUUCGCACUUACGCGGAUUAUUUUGAAAGCAAAGUGCCCGAUGUUUCUAUUCGUCGAGAUUCAUAUUUAGUAACGAUGAAAGGGUUUCGAGAGCCAAGAAUAAAUUAUUUAAAAGAAACACCAACAGCAGACGAAUCAAAAAAAUCAUCCAUACCACAAUACGUGUAUUAUCCACUCGAAUUACUCCGUUAUGCGCCGUUAAAUCGAAGAGAUUUCGAGAUGAUCUACCAACUUCCAAGUCUUAUAGUUCGCAUUUUACAAUUAUAUCGCGUGGAACGACUCAGGAGAUUAUUUGCAGACAGCAUUGGAACAGACAAGUUUAUCGAUGCUAAUCGACAACUACCGGUGACUUUUCGUGAUUAUUUGAUGAUCAAUCAAAAUCAAUCGCUCCUUCCACUCGCUCGUUUUACUUACCACGACUUACUAUCAACAAAAUCGAAUCUGCAACCAUCAGCGGAUAUUCUCUUCCAAGCGAUCACUCGUAGUUCAGCGAAUGAGAAUUGUGACAUGGAAGGCUUUGAAAUACUCGGUGAUUGCUUUUUGAAACUAACUGUAUCCAUGUCACUUUACCAUCGCUAUCCACUCGAGGGUGCAGGUGUCUUGACCGUUGUAAAAACUAAACAAAUAUCGAACAAAAAUCUCUAUCGAAUCGCUGUGAUGAAGAAGUUAACCUGCUACCUAAAUGCGAAAAAACUGGAAUUUCGUGGAAAAAAUGCAAACUGGGUACCACCUGGAUACGUCGUUAAUGGAAGCAAUAUCAAUCAAAAUCCUACUAAAUUUGAAUUCAAACGAUACGAGCAUCAAACAGUUAAAAGAAAGGCUUUUGCUGAUAUGAUGGAAUCGUUCAUGGGCGCUUUUCUACUAUCGACUGAUUAUCCGACCACUAUCCAAUUUAUGCUAUGGCUAGAACUCGACGUUGUUCCAUUCGACAAGAAUAAGCAUCUCAUGUCAACACCAUCUAUUAUCUGCUCGUAUAUAAAUUCGAACGAAAGCAAACAUGUGAUUGAGAAAUUUUAUACCGAACAAGCAUUUUCUUCAAUUGAGAAUAUUAUUCACUACACAUUUCGGGAUAAAGCGUAUCUUAUCGCAGCGUUCACUCAUCCAUCGAGUUUCUGUAAUCGACUGACAAGUUGUUACGAAAGAUUGGAGUUCCUCGGUGAUGCGAUUCUAGAUUUUCUAGUGACAAGGCAUAUUUUUCUCACACAUAAAAAUAUCAAGCCAGGACAAGUAACAGAUAUUCGACAGGAUUUAUCGAACAACGGACGAUUAGCUUAUAUUCUGGUUGCCACCGGUCUUCAUACGAAAAUUCUUCAUAAUUCACCGGCUUUAUUCGGCGAAAUGACCGUCUAUGCAGACGACAAUCUUCUUUUUCCAAAAGAUAAACCAAUGGAGGUUUUAUUAAGCGCAGAUAUCAAUCAAUGGGCUGAUUCUACAGCACCGAAAGCAUUAGCAGACGUGUUCGAAGCGUUAGUCGGAGCGAUUUUUCUCGAUUCUGGCUAUUGUUUAGCAACUGUUUGGCAAGCGAUCGAACCUCUUCUUCGAGAAUACAUCCGCCGAUCGAUUGAAAAACCAAAUCUGAACCCUAUACGAACAGUCCAUGAGCAAGGAGGCAAAGUUGUUUCAGAAUUCGCCUUGCCUGGCCCUACAACGAAAGAAACAGUAUCUGUUUGCUAUAUUGAAAUGAAAAAUGGCGACCAAUUCAUUGGCCGGAGUGUUAAUAAAAAGAAAGCGAAGUACGAAGCAUGUCAAGCAGCAGUCAACCAUUUAUUGUCGAACGUUUCAACCAAAGACUAA